UCUUGCCCUGCCGCCUUCCACCUCACCCUCACCCCUUCCCCGACCUUUUUGUCGCCCUCCCCACUCUACCCUAACCUGCUCAUUUCAACAUGGCAUCUAAUUCAACCCUCAUUGCGAAGGAACGCAUCCUGCACAUUCAAAACACCAUGGGUGUUCCCUCUCAAAACCUUACUCACGCUCCUCAUCGCAUCAAGCCCGCCAAUGAAGUCGCCAACAGGUCCGAGCUGAACCCUGUACAUUUCCUCGCUCGCAGUGCUACGAUCUAUCCUUCAAAGGUGGCCGUCAUCCAUGGCAACAGACGUUAUACCUACAAGGAGCUCAACCGACGAUCUGUCGCUCUUGCCUAUUCUCUCAAAGAACAAAUGGGCAUCGAGCGAGGUGAUCGUGUCGCUGUGAUCGCACCCAACAUUCCUGCCAUGCUCGAGGCCCACUUUGGUAUCCCUGGUGCCAAUGCCGUCAUCUGCGCCAUUAAUACACGCCUGGCUCCCGCUGAGGUUGCCUACAUCCUUGAGCAUUCGGGCGCCAAGGCCAUCCUGUGUGACAUGGAAUUUAAGAACCUAGUCCAGGAUUCUAAGUUGCCCAAGGUCUUCAUCGAAGAUUCCGGCAUGCCCACGGACCCUUAUGAACAGUUUUUGCAAAAGGGACUUUCAAAGGCUGACACCUUGGGCUGGAGUGGCCUCGAUCAAACAGACAAUGAGGAUGACGCCGUCUCCCUGUGCUACACAAGUGGCACUACAGGAAAACCCAAGGGUGUGCUCUACACCUACCGUGGAAUAUAUCUGUCAGCCCUCGGCAAUACAAUCGAGGCGAAAUUGAGUCUGGAAUCGGUGCAUUUGUUUAUCGUUCCACUUUUUCACGCCAACAGCUGGAUUUUCCCAUACGCCGUAACAGCCGUUGCAGCGACCCAUGUUAUGAUUCGUAAGAUCGACUAUGACCUGAUCUGGGACAUUCUGCUCAAAGAGAAUGUUACGCAUAUGAACGGCGCACCCACUAUCAUGAUCCAGGUCGUUCAUCAUCCCAGGGCAGUCAAGCUUCCUAAGCCCAUCAACUGCACGGUUGCGGGAUCUGCGCCCACGGCGACAUUGAUUGCCAGUAUGAAGGAACUCAACAUGGAUAUCUGUCACGUCUACGGACUUACCGAGACCUACGGUCCCAUCACGAAGUCGUAUCCACAGCCCCAUUGGGAUGACAUGCACUUGGAAGACCGCGCCAAACAGUUUGCAAGACAAGGCCAUGUGUACCUGGUCUCGGACGACGUUCGAAUCGUGGAUUCACAGAUGCGGGAUGUUGCUUGGGACGGAAAGGAGGUCGGAGAGAUCGUCUUCAGAGGCAACCUCGUCAUGAAGGGCUAUCAUAAUGACCCGGAAGCUACUGCAAAGGCAUUCGACGGAGGCUGGUUCCACAGUGGUGAUCUUGCAGUCCGCCACCCCGACGGCUAUAUCGCUAUCCAGGAUCGUCAGAAAGACAUCAUUAUCAGUGGAGGCGAGAACAUCUCGACAUUGGAGGUCGAGUCGUGCAUCUCGCAGCAUCCCUCCGUUCUUGAAGUCGCUGUCGUCGCUAUCCCCCAUGAGCGUUGGGGAGAGACCCCUAAGGGAUUUGUGGUCUUGAAGCCUGGACUGCCAAAGGAGAAGAUCGUGAAUGGCCCCACAUUAAUCGCAUUCUGCAAGGAACGCAUGGCAGGAUUCAAGUGUCCCUCGUCUAUUGUUGUGCUCCAGGAGUUGCCAAAGACCAGCACGGGCAAGAUCCAGAAAUAUAUUCUGCGUGAGCAGGAGUGGAAGGGACACGGCAAGCGGGUCAACUAAAGCACUUGUGAAUUUCAGAUCUCUAGCGAGGUACCUUAUUAAAUAAUCUCUACGCAGCUGCAGAUCUCGUG